UUCGUUUCUGUACCGGCCCACACAAUUGCCUGACCAAUCCCCUCCUGUGCUCGCCGCCGCGCCGGAGAAGAGAGCGAGAGCGCCGCCGCGAUGAGUCACCGCAGGCGACCUCACGCCCCCGGCCCGCCUCCUCCCCCGGAAGACGGAGGAGGAGACUACUCUCCGCAGUCGCCGGGGAAGGCGCCGCGGAUCCGGCCGUGGCCGGAGCGGCGGGUGCUGGCGCUCGCGCUAGCGUUCCGCGCGGUGAACGCGCUGCUGGUGCGCACCUACUUCAACCCCGACGAGCACUGGCAGUGCCUCGAGGUCGCCCACCACAUCGCCUUCGGGUACGGCCACCUCACCUGGGAGUGGAAGCGGGGCCUUCGAGGUUACCUCCACCCGCUCAUCUUCGCCGCCCUUUACAAGUUUCUGGGGUUUCUCCACCUCGAUACCCCGUGGUUCAUGGUGAUGGCUCCACGGCUUCUACAGUCAGUAUUUGCAGCGUUUGGAGAUCUAUACUUGUAUAAACUCUCCAAACUUAUUUUCAAUGAGCACGCUGCCCAGUGGACAUUAUUUUCGCAGUUGGUGAACUGGUUCAUGUUUUUCUGCAUUACACGGACUCUAUCAAACAGCUUGGAGACAGUUUUGACUGUGGCUGGACUCUAUUAUUGGUUUAUUGCAAUCGAGUCUUCCAAGGGAAUUUCAGUUAUUUCAAAGCAGCAGGCAUCCAGCUACCAAAGUCCCCAUUCAAGAAAAGUGGCACUACUCAUAGCAGCCUUAGCCUGCGCCAUUCGGCCAACAAGUGCCAUAACAUGGUUGUAUGUUGGUCUUUUGGACUUCAUUUAUAUAAAAUCGAAAUGCCGGUUUUUGUUUCUUGAGGUCAUUCCUAUAGGGGCCAUUGUCCUUGCAGCAACAACAUUCCUUGAUUGGUGGAUGUAUGGUUCCCGGGUCAUAGUGCCACUUAAUUUUUUGAAAUUCAACCUAUUUUCUUCAGGAGGAGAUUACUAUGGAACACACGUCUUCCACUGGUACUUCACCCAAGGUUUUCCAUCUAUGAUUUGGACGUUCUUACCACUUUCAGUUUUUGGAGUCAUAAAGUCUCGAGAAUGGAGGCUUUCAGGUCUAAUUGCCUGGGUAUUAGGGGUUUAUAGCAUACUUGGACACAAAGAGUUCAGGUUUGUUCUUCCGGUGCUACCUUUAGCGUUGAUGUUCUCGGGUUACUUCUUAGCUGCAAUGUCGCAAUUCAAGGGUAAAAAUCUGCAUGGGAAAAGACAUUUUUCAAGGUUGCAACUGUCUGUUAUUCUUCUCAUCAUAACCAAUGUUCCAAUGGCCUUAUAUAUGUCCCUGUUCCAUCAAAGAGGAACUGAAGAUGUUAUGUUUUAUCUGUCAAAAGAAGCCCAUAAUGGAAGAGUUAAGGGUGUCCUCUUUCUCAUGCCUUGCCAUUCGACGCCUUAUUACUCUACCUUACAUAGUAGCCUACCUAUGCGCUUUUUGGACUGUACCCCCAGUGAUAAUAAAGGGACCCUGGAUGAGUCAGAUCGUUUCCUCAUGAACCCACUUGAUUUUGUGGGCGAGGUUACCGGAAAUCUAUCUUCCUUCAGUCACAUUGUGUUAUUUGAAUCCGAAGAAAGACACAUUAUUCAGUUGCUUCUGCACGAUUCCUUUCAGGAGGUUAGGAGGUUUUUCCAUUCCCACUUCAAGAUUGAUAGAGACCUUCAGUCGUCUGUUGUUGUAUAUUCACGGAGGGAUGUGCUAUGAUUGCUUUUGCCGAGAAAAGCUUGUUACCCCAUCUAACAACCUCUGAUUGUGUUUCACAGUGUUUUAGUUUGUUAUUUCUGAAAUUAGCUGUAACACUAUUGGAUACUAGAACUUGGCAAUCUGUUAUGGUUUUUUUACCCCUCCGACAUGUUGUGCCGAUCCUUUUUGUAUCGGCCAGAUUUUGUAGAACAUGGAACAUGCAUAAGAAAGUCUCCAUAUCCAUGAUGCAUUUGUAAGACGAAAAGGUAGAAAUGGCAGUAUUUCCUUGCAGUAAUGACUGAUAACAAGAGUGAGGUGCGUGGCUUGUUCAUCAUUUAUUUUUUAUUAGCACAAAGAGAUCAUUACCCAGUUCACAAAAUAUAUCAAAAAAUUACAUGCCAUGUACAAAUUACCCACCCCCCCCACCCACCAAAAAAAUGUUGUCGGCAGCAUAAGUGCACAAGGCGCACAAUCUUAUCCAUUUGUGCUCUGAUUUAUUGGUUUCUCCAGACACAUUUUCGUCAUUUAUCUGAAAGGUUCAAUACAUCAUCUUAAUGCAACAAAUGGCAUGCUGCUUAUGCUUAGUGAAAGGGGAAAAUAAAGAAUAAACUUUUUUGUAUAACCUUUCACCUUUUUUAUUGUACUAUCCACUGUUGGUGCAAUAAAUCUCAUAUGAAAUAUUGUUACUGGCAGAUACUCUGAUUUCGAUUCAAUCCUAAUUUUAAGUGCCUACAAGUUCCUGCACCUUCCGUACUGCUCUGAGGUGCUUCGUAUUGAUCUCAAUCUCUCAGCAACCUCUCUCAUUAAUGGCCGUUCUUCCCCCCUCAUACUCAAACAACACUUUGCCAGUUGAGCAAUUUCUUGGAGCAGCUCCGCUUCGAAGUCUAAUAUAUUCUUGUCCAAGAUGAAUUGAAGUCCAUUUUCUUUCAUUGCAAGAAGGAAGGAUGAUGCAAGGCCACCAUUUUGUUGGAAGAAUAUCUGCUUUUCUUUCACCAGCUUUCUCUUCUGACAUUCAAUCAGGAGUGCAAAAAUGCAGAUAAGGAGAAGUACUGCACAUGCUGAAAUACCUGCCAAGAAUAACAUUCUUUCAGUUUUGGUUGUCGAACACGCAGGUGAGUUGUGUAUCUUUGUAUUAAAGAGAGGAAGGGGUAGAAAGCCCCGAGCACACUGGAAGUAUACUUGUUUAAUUAGCCUGGAAGACAAAUUUUUCUCAGUUACUAGAACAAGAUUUAGUUUGAGGCACAUGCUCAGACGUAAAAUGGGCAAUUCUACUGCUUUCUUUAGAACAUAAGGACGGGUUACUACAUAAUAGUUUUCUCAUUUAGUACAUUUGAAUGAAUAAAUAGGUAUGCAUUUGUUCCUUAUGCGAUAUGCGAUGAUAAAAGCGGGCAUACGAUCUGCAUGUAAGUCAAUGUAGCAUAUGCAGCUAUUAUUUAUAUGACAACCUUCAGCCUUUUGUGUUUUUAGUGGUUUUCUGCUGUUGUUAUCACGAAAAUUGUAUUCAGAAAAAAGUCGUGGAAAUAAGAUGAUCAUCUACGAGCUGUGCAAAAGUAAGAAAAAAAAGAGCUAUGGAACAAAUUGCUGUACAAUACAAGUUAUGAAACUUGUUGUGCAUAAAUGCAUCAUGAUUUUUGCUAAGUUAAAAACAUUGGGUUCAUAUGUACCAUGUUCUAAAAAUUGCUGUACAACUAAUAAAAUGCAUGCAUGUGCAAGUGUCCAAUUUUUUGGAGGAUGAGAUUAGCUGCAAAUAUGUGUGCUGCUCUGGCUUCUGACAUGAUUAUCUGUGGCUUGUUGAUCCAAUGCAAAUUUGUAUACAGUUUCCAGAUUUACAAAUAAUUAUUUCUGCAUGAGAGGUACUAUUAUUGGCUAAAUGAUAAAUUCGUGCUUGAUAUAUUUCAUUUUGUUGCUUUAAUAUAAAUAUUGUUUUUAGUGCAAAGUUGAUUUUUUUUUGCGGGGAAAAGUUGUUGUGAAGUACAAGUAACCAAUGACAUCCAAUCUUAAGAAACUCUGCAUUGUUUUAUGUUAUGAACUUUGUGUGUGAUCUAUUGUCACACACAGGCACUUGGCUACUACUCCCUCCGUCCCAUAAUGUAAGACAUUUUUUGACACUUAUGUGACGGAGUAGUAUUUAAGUAUGUAAUUUACCAUCAGUAUCUUUUAAAUUAUGCAGACGAUUAUACUUUCUAGAAUAAAUGUUACUUUUACUAAUGCGCUAUAUCAGUUUGACUUAUCCAUGCUAUUAAGAUAUUUACUGACAUAUUUGGAACAUAUACCUGCAAACAUUUUUGUUAAUCUAGCUCUUUCUGAAACUGCAAUUGGGUCACAGGUUUCUCUCUUUGGAUCUGUACUCUGAGUCCCAGACUUGCAUGAGCAAUUGUAGUCCCCAAUUAUAUUACUGCAAAUUCCAUGGCAAGGAUACUGAUCUGGGAAAUUGCACUCGUUGAUAUCUGCACACAAUAUUCAAGAACAGAGAAAUAGCUUGAGAUUGAUGCAGAGAUAACUUGAGGUAAACCCAAAAGAAGGAAGUGAGUUACCGACCUUGGCAUCCUUCUUCCAGGCAUACGUUGACAUGUUCUUCACAGCUUCAUCACAGUAUUCAUUUCCAGCAACCCAGUCAAGCAGAGCCCAUCCCCCUGUCUCGUUGAAGCACUUGGAUGCAAUCAAGGUGGUGACUCGGGCCUGCCCUCCUAGCAGACUGAUGUUGUAGAUCUUUAUUCUGCUGCUUGAGUUAUGCCUGUAAACGCUAUUGUUCUCGCAUGAAACAUCGAACCCUUCACGGAAGCAACCUUCACCGAUGCCGAAGGGGUAUGGGAUGGUGAGGUUGCCACAUGUUUCUUGGCACCUAGGUUUCGCCAUCCUGGACGCUGUGCUGCUCUUGAUGCUUGCUAGCAUCAGGGUGGCUGCAAAGAUUAGGCAUGGUGAUUGAACCUGGAAGUGAUCCAGGGUCACUCAAGACAGCAGCACAUGAAGUUAAAGGUUCCUUGAUGUGAUCAGGGUGGCCUUUGAAUCCAUGCCCGGGUCAAGUCAUUAAAGAGAAUCUUUCAAAAGGGACAAGGAGAUAUGCACAUCCUGCUCGAUGAAAGUGAAGGUGAACUCAUUCGUGUCAUGGCAUUGAAUGAGACUGGUAAAGUGGGUAAGCUUGCUCUGUGAAUACCUUGGACUAGUUCUGCUGUCUUGAUCGACUCCGCCGCGAGAACAGAUUUGCACCACAGGUGCUUCGUAUUGAUCUCAACCUCUCAGCGACAUCUCUCAUUAAUGGCCGUUCUUCCCCCCUCAUACUCAAGCAACACUUUGCCAAUUGAGCAAUUUCUUGGAGCAGCUCCGCUUCGAAGUCUAAUAUAUUCUUGUCCAAGAUGAAUUGAAGUCCAUUUUCUUUCAUUGCCAGAAGGAAGGAUGAUGCAAGGUUUCUCUCUUUGGAUCUAUGCUGGUAGUCCCAGAGUCGCAUGAGCAACUGUAGUCCCCAAUUGUGUUGCUGCAGGUUCCAUGGCAAGGAUACUGAUCUCGAAAACUGCACUCAUUGAUGUCUGUAAAGGGAUAGAUAAAUAACUGAAGAUCAGUGUACAGAUAACUUAAGGCGAACUUAAAAGAAGUGAGUUACAGUGAGUUAUCGACCUUGGCAUCCUCCUUCCAGGUAGGGGUUGCCUGCAAAACCAUCGCUGCAGGUACAGAGAUAUCCUGUAGCAUUUGGUGACAUGAUGCAAUGGCUAUUCUUGCUGAUGCAGGCGUAAGAUGACAUGUUGUUCCCUGCUUCAUCACAGUUUUCAUGUCCAGCAACCCAGUCAAGCACAGUAGGUGAUUGAGCCAGGAAGGUUCUUGUUGACCCAGGGUCAAGACAGCGAACGUACGGUGCAUGAAAGGAAGUUUCCCUGAUGUGACAUGUUGUAUCUGCAAUCGGGUCAAGUCGUUAAAGGGAGUCUUCCAAAGGACAAGAAGGCAAUCUAAUGCGCAUCCGGGUUCACAACAGCGAAGGAAAAAGGGCAAAGUAAAGGAUUAUUCGUGUUAACUUUUGAGAAGAAAAGAACAAAACAUGAAAGCACCAUAAGUUAAUCCGCCUCGAUAGAUCUUGGCCGUCGCAUCCGCAAGGAAGGGAUAUGAUUGGACUUGGUGUGUAUACUUGGCUCAUUUUUAAGAAGGCCCUGCAAAAUGUCCAGAAUGCAGCAAGAAGUGUCAUCACAUUGCUCUCAGUCCAAACCACCAAAUUAGGGUUUCCAAACCUAGCGGCGACAGAAUGGGCGGCGGCGGCGCGCCGUACCCAUGCGAGACCCGAGUGGAUGAGCACGUACGCCAGAAAAUGGCCUCGUUGCCAAUCCCCGACGAUCUCGUAGCGGACAUCUUCCUUCGCCUACCCACGCCAGCCGACCUCAUCCGCGCCGCCGUCGGCUGCAUCUCCUUCCACAACAUCAUCACCAACCGCUCCUUCCUCCGCCGUUUCCGCAAACUCAACAACCCGCCCCUCCUCGGGUUCCUCGACAAUCAUCGAGUCUUCCACCCUGCCAGCCCGCCUCACCCCUCUGCGCCGGCAGCCAGUGCCGUCGCUGUUGCUGCUGACUUUUCCUUCUCUUUCCUUCCUGGCGCCAGCCACGACUGGGCCAUCCAGGACAUCCGCGAUGGCCGUGUCCUCCUCAACAAAAUCCAUGAGGUUGGUAUCGGUCAGAAGAAGGGAAUCUUCGAGGAGAUGGUGGUGUGCGACCCCCUGCACCGACGGUAUCUCCUGCUCCCGCCAAUCCCCGAGGAUCUAGUAAAUCCAGUGGAGGAUCCACACUUUAUGGAAGAGGCAUAUUGUUUGUACCAGAUCUUCCUUUUGCCUCCCUGCGACAAUGAUGAGGAGGCAACAGCUGUGGAAGAGACGUCAUUUAGAGUGGUUUUGAUGGUAUGGUGUGAAACUACGAUGGUUGCCUUUGUCUUCUCUUCUAGUACGAGACAAUGGCGAGCCAUUCCAUCCCUGGGCUGGGAUACUAUAGUUGCUAACUUGCCACUGAGAGCGUAUUGUCUCUUCACCGCACGCCAAUACGCGUAUGGCUGUUUCUACUGGAUGUUACAUUUUUGCAAGAAAAUAUUGGUGCUUGACACUUGGAAGAUGGAGUUCUACAUUGCUAACCCCCCACCUCAAGCAAUAUGUUUAUCUUUUCUGGAUAUAGUCAUUGUGGAGGCAGGGGAAGGUAGAGUUGGGAUGUUUGUGCCAGGAGUAGGCAGAAAUGGACUUGAGUUCUAUACAAUGUGGAGAAACAAUGGUGGGACUUACAUGCAGUGGAAGUUGGAGAAGACGAUCUCAGUUCAUUUUUUGCACUACUCUGCGGGUUCAAAUGGGAAACACUUGUUCAUAUAUGAUGUGGAAAUCCCGUCGGUUGGCUAUGGUUGUUUCUCACUAGACAUCAAGACAUUCCAGCUUAAAAGGGUGUGUUCUUCAAAGACAUGGAUCCCUAAUCCGCUUGCAUAUAGCAACUUUCCACCAUCAAUUUUGGCAUCACCAACAAUAGCAAGUGGUACUCAGGAAGGUGAGAAGGAGAUGCUGGAACAAGGCGCGAAAACGCAGCAAGCUGAAGAACAUGUGGACAGCCAGCAUGGUGGGAGCACCAGUGAUGGUGUUGAUGCUGGAGGUCACCCUGGCAUGCCGAGGAUCAGAGAUGGCGCUGAUUGAGUUUGUGCUGCAGCUCAGACAGCUGACCACAUGUUGGUCUGUAAUAGGCAGCUCUGUUUGGUCCGUAAUAGUUGACCUGGAGUUUAUCUUCAUCCCGUGUGCUUUCGAUUUGACUUGAAGUUUAUCAUGUGUGCUUUCAAUAUGACGAUGGUUGGUGUGUUUGCCGCAUAAAGACUAUGUGAGUAGUCAAACGUGAACAAUUUGAGUUUGUGAGGUAUUUGCAACUAAGCAGAAGUGUUGGCUUAUAAUCUAGAGUAUUUGUGUUGCUCUUUCUU